CCCUCAGCUUUGUUUCAAUCAAUCCACGUUUUAAUUCACACUUUCAUUCUUCUCCUUUCAUUCUCUAUAAAUUCAUUCCACUUUUUCUCAACUCACUCUCUUCUUCUUUCACACUCCACCAACAAUCUCUCCUCUGUUUAAGGCGGAGAACAAUAACUAACCACCACCACCACCACCAUCUCAAGAUUUGAAGGUAAUAAUAACAAUUGAUGGAUGAACGUUCCAGCAAAAGAGGCAUUAAUGGUAAUUCCAGAGAUACUUCCAAUACCAGAGAUACCGCCAAUACCAGAGAUCGAAACGAUCAAACUCGCAGACGAGCGGGUUGCAGUAGUACAGCCAACCCUCCUAAGGUUGCUCAAGUCAGAUAUGUUGAAAAAGGUAAAUCGUUAAGGCCAUCAGGACAGUCAGCUUCAAGUGGCAAGGAGGUAAUUGGUAGUUCCCGUAGAACAGCUGCUAACCCAGCAAAACCACUUACAAAGCCUGAGAGAACAUUAACUUCAAGCAGGCUUCAAGCUGAAAAGGAAGGGACAAAGUCUACUAAAGGGAUUUUGAUGGAAGUAGGAAAAUCUAGCGGAGUAUCAAAUUUAAGAUCUCAAAGGAAUUUUAAUCAAAGACCUGUAUUGCGUCAACGAGAAAACGGAAGCAUUGGUCCGGUGACACAAGCUGCUUCUAGCAAGUAUGGAUUGAGGAACCUCAGAUGCAACACUGUAUCUGAUGUCAUCCCUUCUUGCUCAUCAUCAGAUUCUACCGUUAAUACAAGGAAGACUACUUUGAUAAAAAGGAGAAAUUCUGAAGGGGAAAGUAGCUCCACUGGUAAAGGGAAGAAGAUGACUGCGCCCUCAUCGGAAGGAUUGAAUUUUGGCUCCAGAAAGGGCAUAUCUAUAUCUGAUACAAGAGGAUCUAGAAAUAUUCCUCCUCACAGGGACAAUAGCAGAGCAUCAGUUAGAACUGUAAGAUCAGUUAGUGGUUAUGCCAGGGGGAGAUUUUCUAGUCAAGGAAACGAAAACCCCAGGGUGACCAAUGAGUCCCCUGUCGUAUCCCCUAUUUCGCCUCAUUCUAUUGAUCUUAAUUCUCCUGUCACUGAGGAGUUAUAUGAUAUGAUGCCUAAUUCUCCUGAAGAAUAUGACAUCCCACAUUCUCUAAUAAUUCAGGAUGGCUCUCGGCGCUACGAUGUGGAUGAUAUGUCAGAGGUAUUAUUGGCACUUGAGAGACUUGAACAAGAUGAAGAGUUAACUCAAGAGCAAAUUCAUUUACUAGAGACCAACUUGUAUCUUAGUGAACUUAACAUCUAUGAUCGUCAUAGAGACAUGCGGUUGGAUAUUGACAGCAUGUCAUAUGAGGAACUCUUAGCUCUCGAAGAGAGGAUGGGUACCGUGAGCACCGCUCUGACAGAAGAAGCACUUUCAGAUAGUCUUAAAAGAAGUAUCUAUCAGUCUGAGCCUUCAGAUGAUGCUGCUGACUAUGUUAAUGAGGAAAAGGAUGAUACCAAAUGCUGCAUUUGCCAGGAAGAAUAUGUUGAUGGAGAUGAAGUUGGAAGACUGCAAUGCGUGCAUAAAUUUCAUGUGCUUUGUAUAGAGGACUGGUUGAGGCUGAAGAACUGGUGCCCUUUUUGUAAAGAGUCGGCAUCACUGUCCAAUUCAUCUUCAUCUCCUUAAUUGCAUUGUUCUUUUCCUUUUGUACAAAAUUCUUCCUUUACUUUUUUUUUUCCCCUCUGCACAAAAUACAGUUGCUUCUCGCCUCUUCUGAUUGGUCCUACGUGCAUAACAGAUGACUUCAUCCCAUCUAAUAAUGUGAUAAACCGUGGUUUGAUGGACUUUGGUGGGAUCUAGAUUCUCUACAGUCACACAAACAUGCAUUCACUACAGUCGCCAAAUUGGAAUUGUUGGAUGUAUAUUAGACGGCUAACAUUCUGACUUUCAAAUUAAAUUUAAAAAAUGAACUCAAAAUGUGAGCCAUCUAAUGGUUUCGAUCAAUAACUGUGUCUUUUUGUGGCAGUAGAGAAUCUGUUUCCAAUUUUUGAUUAGGGAUUCAUUGUUUUAUUGUGGAUGGAAGUAGUCUCGGCUCAUUGUUUUUUACUGAAAAACAAAAAAAAUCAAGUGAUUUGCAUGACUUUGUUUUUCUAUGA